AUGACCCUGGGCCCUCAAUGCUGGCGCUGCCGCAAAAAGCGCCUCCGAUGCGACUCCUCCGUCCCCGCCUGCCGUAAAUGCAUCAUCGCACGCACAGAAUGCCCAGGCUACGGCGACAAGCGACCCAUCGCCUUCCGGGACCCCCUCGUCCUAACGCAAAAGGGCGUCGUUAUCCGGGUCCGGGAUCGGGAACCGGACGCGGAGGGCCAAAGCCGCGACAGUGGCAGUGACCGUAGCCGAGAGAAGACACGGAGUAGCAGCAGCGCCAGCCCACCGGCGUCGGUGCUUGGCAUCGUAUGCCGAUCGCCGAGAACGGCCGGAUCCGUGAUGGAGUUGAGGAUUGCGGCUGAUGCCAUGGAGUAUUAUAAUCACCACGUAGCACCCGACCUAGUCCCCUACUUAACCUCAACAUCACCAUAUCAAAUCUCCCCCCACCAAAUAGCAUCACUCGCCUCCUACCUCCGCAACACAUAUAUCUCUAUCGCAGCCCUCCACAGAUACAUCAGCGGACAGCCGUCGUCGUCGUCGUCGACAUCAUCAUCAUCGACUUCAACUUCAUCAUCAAGUAUCCUAUUCAAACUAUCAACCGACAAUAAGACCCUCGCCACCUCCACAUCCCGCCCUCCUAUCAGGCAACAUGCCCCCCCAUCAGGCGAUACAUCCGAACUAUCAAGGCUCAUGGCCGCAGGCGACUUCAAAAGCGUCCACUUCGCAUCCCAAGCAGCCGCCCUACAGGCCUUAGGUCAAGAACUCUGCGCAUAUCACCACCCUCGAGGGAACAGCUCACCAAACACCGCCGAAGAUCCAGGGCCCAGCAUCCUCCUCGGCAUCAUGGUGAUGCUCACAUCUCAGAUCCAAUUCUCCGCCUAUGCCCCCUGGCAAUCCCACAUCACCGGCGCCUGGAGCAUAAUCCUCACCCACGGCCCCUUCGCCGCCGUCGCGAAAUCAGACCCAGAACUCUGCCGCCUCCUCCAGCAAUUCGCAAUCUUUGACAUCUUCGGCGCGUCCACCCACGGGGCCAUCAACGUCACCACCACCCACGCAUCGUCCGUAGCAGGCACGAUCCUCGCAAGACAAGAAUCCUACGAAGCAAUCUUCCAAGACUCUGAUACCGACGCCGGUAAUCCGUGGAGGCUGGUCCCCAACGACUUGGCCAUGAUUCUCAUUCGUAUCAAUGGGCUGCGGGCACGGAGGGCACUAUACCCAGAGACGGCGAAGCAUCUCCCGGAAGGUCUAUCUGCUGUGCUGGAGCAUCUCGAUACCUCGCCGCCCGAGAAAUGGGCCGCAGAGAUCUCGGCGACUGCACAAGUCUCGCUGGCACCGAGCAGACUAAGCGAGGACCAGGAGACAAAAGACGCCUGGAUCGCACUGAUGACGACGUAUCACAGCGCCGCCGCCUUAUACGCCAUCAACAGCCUCGCCGGUCUCGGGGCCGCGCCAAGAUCAAGCACCGUCUGGUCACAAGAAGCCUCAUCCCAUCUCGCAAGAAGAGAAUCAACAGCAUAUAGCACACUCAUCUCAAGCCUCCGCGUCCUGUUCACCCAAAGAAGCCAGCGACGUCCCUCACAAGCCACCAACAACAAAACACCACCAAAUUCCAUCGCAACCAGCGCGGGGCUGUUACACAAAUUCGUCAUCUGGCCAAUGGUCAUCGGCGGAAUCCAAUCCGCCCUCAUCUACCACGAUCAAGAAACCACAAACUUCAUGUGCUCGGGUAUGCAAGCGGUCGGUGAAGAACUGGGCACGGUAAGCAUGAUAGACGGUGCUCGCCUUGUCGAGAAGCUUCGGGGGGAAGCAAAGCACGGUCGCAAGUUUUCGUCAUGGGACGAGCUGUUUGAGGAGGCACCCUUGUUCUUGAUGUGAUUAUACUUCGUACCAUCUUCCUCAAAGAAAAAACCCAAGGGUCACCCCAAGAAUCGAAUCGCGGGAUCCGGUCGGGAGCUUGGGGACCAUCCACUGAUCCACCCCGCAAAAAGGGGAUUUGGGAUUUCAGGGUCUCGCCCAACCCCUCCGAGCAAUACCGGGUCAGACAGCCAAGCGUCGCCGAUGUGUCCGGGACGAUCGUCCGAAUUCUCUGCAUGCCUUCGAGUUGCAGCCGUUCGAGCCGCGGCCGAUCACUGCCGGUACCACCACGAAUCUGAGACACGGAACGGAAUCCAGCGUUUGCAAUCUCUCACCAAAUUCCUGCGCUCAUCAAACAUGACCUCUCUGAUUUAGCAAUCCGCGAAAAUCACAAAAUAGGGGCACUGAGACAGGAGUGUUUGAAGUAGUCAUAUAAUCCAUUGGAUAUGUACAGGAGAAAAGGUGCGUGCACGACGCCGGUAAGCUGAUGGGUAUCUGUCCCAAGCAGCAGUCAAGAUUACAAGUCGGUGUAAUGUGUCCAGACAAGCAGGGACCAGCGCCGGUGCGAUUCUCACACAGCGUCUGGUCAUGUUGGGGGCAACAGGUGCAAAUGUGCAGUUGGCAUGUCGGCCAUUGCAAACCUCCCAGCAGACAAAGAAAAAAAAAAAGAACCAGAGCAGGCCCCCCAAUGCUCAUGCAAGUGCGCCGCUAAGAGACGUGACGGAAGAUGGUCGUAAAGUGCAAUAUGCCAAUUGCUUUUGAGCAAAACCUCGUCGUCGUCGAACCUCGAAGACUCGCCCCGAGGGUAAUCAUGUUGCCGUCGUGAGAUUGCCGCCCUGAUCUAUGUAUCGUUCGUUUCGGAACUGUUUUUUCUUUGCUUUUCUUCUUUGAUCAAUUCAAGUAGCGUAGGCCAGACGCUUCUACCGCUGGAUCUCGCUGACGCUGACGCGGCUUGACCUCCAGUCAUUCGUGGGAGUCUGCUUUGAGGAUCCGAAGCCGGGCAUGGAGGCGAAGCGGCUCAAUCGCUUCUUGCUGGGCUCGGUCUGUGUCGAAGCGACGGUAGGCGAAGCAGGCUCGGCGUGGUGAAGGGCAUUCACUCGUGGAGAUGAGGACUCCUUGCUGGUGGUCGUGCCGGCGGACGAGGAACCGGUGGAGGUGGGAGUCUGGUAGACGUACUCGCCGUCGACGUAAACUGCGUUGGAAACGAAAGUCGAGCGACGAUGACGGCGACGAGUGUAGCGCUGCUCCAGACGGAAGAGCUCAAUCUUCUGCUGGAUACGUUCAAGGAUACCGGGAGCCAUUGUGACGGUUAUUUGAGCGAAGACGUUCGGUAUAGGUUUGGAAAGCUUGUUGUGUUGAGGUUGCUGGAGAGAUUGAUCUUGCUCAAAGUUGAUGGCGGGACGAGGCAAACUCAAUUGACUCGACUUGGGAUGAGAUGGUUGUGCAAGUACAGAUGACGGGACGAGAUGUAUUACGGGAAGACAAUGUCUGUGAACGGUGGCAGACGCACGUCGUAAUGUAGGGGCGCAACAGAUCAGACGAAAAGCUUAUCGGUCGCGGUAGGAAUGGGUGGAAUGGAGGUCGCAAUCUUGUGACACAGAUGUCUCUGGUGGCUCGGAUGUGUUGUAAUCCCCCCUUUCUGCCGACUGGCGUUUGCGGUAAGAUGUCUGUCGUAUUUUGAGGACUGCUUGGUAGCAAGUGUCUGAUUGAGGUGCCGCGAUCGGGUGCUUUGGCUGUUGGAUUUGUUCUUUUUUUUUUUCCUAAUUCAGCACUCUGUGGCUGAUAGUAGCUUGGUGUCUGUGACCUCUGUUGGGAGUCGGUGCAGGAGCGAGGGAAGGAGAGGUAGUCAAAACGCCGGGCUUCGAGACCUCUUGGGUGGUUUUGGUGUAUUAAGGUAAGUUGAGUUGGAACGAGUGGACUGGGUGGGAGUGUGUGUGUGCGAGUGAGGGAGAUGUUGUAUCCGGUCUGGAGUGGUUGGGUUGGGUUGGUCGGGAUGGAUAGAAAAAGAUUGGAAGAAUGGCGGCGGCGGCGGCUUGGCCCAAGGUGGUAAAGUGAGUUGAAGGAGAGGUACCUUUAGGUCGGGCCGGAGGGUGAGGUGUGGUCGGGUGUGAGGUGCGUGAGGUGUGUGCCGUGUGGUGUGGUGGUGGUGGAAAGGGAAGAGAAUGACAAGGUGCAAGGGAAAGGACUGGAUGGCCGAGAAGGGAACUGCCAGAGUGGAAGGGAAGGGGGAGACACUAAGGUACUUCGUGAGGUACUUCAAAAGGAGGGGAAGAAACGACUCGUGCAGGGAAAGAGCCGUCUACGAAUCACAGAUUCAGCAGAUGGGAAAGGCAGGCACAGAUACGGUUGCAGCUGCAGGAAGAGAACCUUGAUAAUGCUGUUACGGGCUGUUGGAAGGCACGGAAGACGAGAGGGAAAGAAGGAGAGGCGACGUGAAGGAAUGGUGUGGUGUGUGUCAACUUGCAGUGGAAGGAGCAGG